AUGCAAGGAAUCAUUAGUAAAGAACGAUUGCUUCAUCUAAUUGAAUACGGCUCCUCAUUAAAUGACACAUGGGCUCUUGCAACGAUAGCCACUUUAUGCUCGUGUAAUGAACCAUAUGAGAUCCGCAAGAUCUAUCUUUAUAUGAUACUGAAGGAGCAAAAUGCUGACGUUAAAGUUACAAUUAAUAAAGUUUGGCAGGUGUUAGAAAACGACGCUUCACAAGAAGGAAUCAAAUUAGUUAUCGAUGAGUUAUUUCCAGUAGUAACUGCCAGAGUUACUGAAAUAACGAAUAAGUUUAGAGAUGCCUUAUUAAAGAGUGGUGCCCUGUGUGGCUUACCAAAAGCGAUUAAUGCGUUGACACAUUUGAAAGAAGUAACGCCUAGUGUUCUAAUUGAUAGUAGUACCAUCGAACCUAUUGCUGCUAGCCCGAAAUUAUUCUCUCAAAAUGUUCAAAGACCUAGAAAGGGAAGUGAUAUAGAAUCGUUCAAUAAUGGUAUCAAGCAUUGGAAUAAAGUUUAUGAUAAAGUUUCCACGAGAGUUGCCAAUAAUUUAAAUAGUGCAUAUCCUGAUCUUUGGUAUUUUACACUUGAACAUAUCUAUGGGCCUUUAUUAUCAUAUGACGAAAUACUAUCAGCGACUGAGACGAGCUUGAUUGUCAUUGCGUCUUUAGUACCUCAAAGUGUCAACCCACAAUUACGCGGCCACCUAAAAGGUGCUCUAAAUGUAGGUUGUGAUAAGGCGUCUGUGGAACAAGUUAGAAAUAUUUCUAUUUUAUGUUCGGAAUGGUGUGGAAUAAAAUGGAGGGAAGAAGUUUGUAAGCUAUGA